AAAAAGAUAGAUGCAGCCCGGCAAACGGCAACAGUUCUCGCAAGAAACUCAAACCGAUCACUCCCAAUCCCAAUCAGUCAAUACAGACCUAACCCAUUUCCAAAAUGUUCAAGUUGGUGGUAUUGUCUGCUCUGCUCGCCGUAGCCGCUGCCCGUCCCGGUCACCUGUUGGAGUCCUCCCCGCUGGUCUACGCCGCCCCAGCAGCGACGACCAUCGUCCAGGAGCCCGUUCUGGCCAAGGUGGGAGCCGUGGUGAAGAGCGUGCCCACUGCCGUCAGCCAACAGAACCAGUCGGUGGUGCACAGUCACGCUCAUGUUGUCGAGGAUGUCGUUGCUCCCGUGGUGAAGUCCACUCCGGUGGUCAGCUAUGCUGCUGCCGCUCCAGUGGUUCACACCUCAUAUGCCGCUGCUCCCGUUGUCCACACCAGCUACGCUGCUGCUGCUCCAGUUGUUCACACCUCCUACGCCGCCGCCGCUCCCGUUCUGGCCACAUCCUACGCCCAAGUGGCCGCCUCCUCGCCGCUGACCUACACCGCCACUGGUUCCCUCAGCUCAACACAUUCGAAGUCUGUCUCCCUAUCCAGCGACACCAGUCGAAGAAGCCAACUCCACACCAAAAUGUUCAAAUUGUUCGUUCUCGCUGCUCUUUUGGCCGUGGCCGCCGCGAAGCCCGGUCACCUGGCUGCUGCUCCUCUGGUCUACAGCGCUCCCGCCACCACCACCGUCGUCCAGGAGCCCGUUCUGGCCAAAGUGGGUGCCGUUGUGAAGAGCGUUCCCACCGCCGUGUCCCACCAGAGCCUGACCCAGGUGCACAGCACCCCCGUGGUGGAGGAUGUGGUGGCUCCCGUGGUCAAGACCACCGCUGUCCACUCCGCUCCCGUGUUGGCCGCCGCACCCAUUGUGAAGACUGUGGCUCCCGUCGCCUACUCUGCUCCUCUGGCCUACUCCGCCCCGGUGGCCUACUCCUCGUACGCUGCUCCUCUGGCUUAUUCCGCACCGGUGGCCUACUCCGCACCCCUCUCCUACGCCGCCCCCGCUCCUCUGCUGCACCACGCCCCCCUGACCUACGCCGCUGGCGCCUGGUAAUGUGGUGAGGAUCGAAAGAGUUUGAACUAGUUGAAAAAAAACGAAAUCGAAAAAAUAAUAAAUUAAAUGUGAAUACCAAA